AACCUAUCCCACCCUCACAGAAAUCCUCCUUUUUUAUCAUUCGCUCUCGCAUAAAACGCGGGGAGCCGGCGACGUGCGUGCGUCGCUCUUCGAAGGUUUCGUUUACUCCUGCAUUGAUACACCCGAUUACACGGUUAUAACAUCGUUGCAAAUAUACUGUUUCAAUUCGAGCAUUUGCUACUUUUCGUUUUCAUCAAAUAAAAUAUGUUGGCCUGCUGUGAACUCUCGCGAACGCGACGUCCUGAUAGAGUGAUAAGAAAGCCUGUCGUUCGUCAGUCUCCGUUAUGUGCAUCGGCUCCGAAUCGGGAUAAAUCGAACUGAAAAACAAUUGUAUCUCGAGAUCUUGAGAAUAAUAUGCUCAUGAAUCUCGACACUACUUAUAGAAGGACGCAAAAUACAUUUGCUGCAACAUCGUCAUUAUCAUCAGUCAGGUAUAAAUCGGAACCGUCGUCUAUACCUCUAUAGUUCCGAUUGAACGUAGAGAACAAAUUCGCAGCGCUUGGCUGAAUGACUCUUUAACAAAGUAGAUCUAUCCUCUACACCUCCUCUGCAUCAAGUGCCAAUAAGUAUAGUGGUUCAGCCAUCCUGGGCGACGAGCUCGUGAGAUAGUAGAAAGCCGGACGCAGACAGACAGUGCGCGCGCGCUCCGUUUUUAACAUGGCGGCUCCGUGAUAUCAAAAUUCGCAAGUGUAGAUCCGAAGCAUAGUUCACGAGCUGGGGCUCUCCUCUGUUUUCCCGGGCUGCCGAGAAAGUCGUCGCGGUUCCGGAGUCGUCAUCGACAGGAUGGACAUCUCGUCGAUGCUCGAGGUCGAGGUCCAGGAGGUGGCCGAGAGCAAGGAGAACGUGACCCCAACUCAAAAGACUCAAUCAACCUUCUCUUGUCAGAAUUUUUCCAAGGAAGAAAACGACUUUUACAAAUUGACAUAUGGCAGCGAUGUUGCCUCCGUCCGUUUUCUUAGGCUGCAUUGCACUGGCUGCGAUGAACACAUUGGCUCUGCACCAGCAGAGAAACAUAAUAUGACUGAACAUCCAGUUUUGCGAACCUUGUUGUGUGCUAAGUGUCGAGAAUUCUAUGGUGAUGGUACUUUUGAACAAGGAGACGAUGCUACAGAUAUGUUCUGUAGAUGGUGUGCAAAUGGUGGAAAUUUAUAUUGCUGUUCUUACUGUAGUAACACUUUUUGCAGUAAGUGCAUAAAACGAAAUUUCGACCCUCCAACUAUCAAAAGAAUAGAGGCAGAAGACAGUUGGAAGUGUUUUGUCUGUGAUCCCAAAGAUUUGUUUCCACUGCGAUCCAUUACUCGUGCACUAAUGACACAUAUCGAAACAGUGACUAAGAUACUAGAAAACGAUAGGCGAAUGGGUCCAAAGGAAGUAGAAGAAAAAAUGCACCUUGAUGAGACCAAGUGCUGUUCGCGUAAGCGUAAGCGUCGAAGACGGCGAACGCUCUCUAAUUCGGAUGACGAUGAGGAAGAAGACGUUAAUUAUGUACCUGAGAAUGAACGACCUGACACGCCGCCUAGUAAAAAACGCAAAAUUCGAAGGCAGUGGACGCAAGUGAAUGAUAGAAACGGUUAUAUGGAUCACGAGUAUUACAACAAUAAACAAACAACGAAAGUCGAGCCUGAUAUAGAUCCAGCAGAUUUGCUGAUUCCAUGUGAGCAGACAAUGAUUGAGGGGGAUACAGAAAUCAUUAAUCCAAAUGAUUCGGAAACUCCUGGAGAAAUGCCAAACAAAGAAGUAAGUAGUCCACAGGUACGGCCACAAAUAGUUAGACAAGUACCCGUAUCUGUAAAUGCGCAAAAACAAACGUAUCAACAAAUGGGAUCGAAUAACUCAAUGGCAAUAAAUACAGUACCUCUGGCAAACCUUUUAAAAGUUGCCUUGUCUUCAGGCGCCAAAAAAAUUAAGGUGACUCAUACAGCAAACCAGAAAUUGGUUGCGGUACCAGUGUCGGCGAUGCCCAAAUCUGUCGCCAGUAGUAACAUCACUUUUGUGAAGCCUGCAACACACUUUCUUGUACCCAAGAAUAUAGCUAAAAAUAUGCAGGUAUCUGCACAGCAGCAGCAACAAUUAGUUACUACGCCACAACAGAAUCAACCAAAUGUCAUUGAUUUAGAUAGUGACGAUGAACCUGCGGUUGUAGGCAAUUUCUCGAAUAAUAAAAUUAAAUCUUAUACAAGAAAUAUAAAUACUGAUCAAAGUAAAAACUCAGGAGAUACGUACGCAGUUGAAACUAUUGAUAGCAAUGGCGAAGAUGACGAACCAAUGGUUAUUUCUACUUCGCCAAGAACAUCAGUAUCAAGAUCAAGAGGGACAAAUAGAAACACAGACGAUUUACCAAACUCGAUGAGCGAUAUGGUACCUAUAACAAUCCAACACCGCGAUCAGAGGUUCAAGAAAAUGUUGAUACUCCAAAGUCAAGAAAUUGAUAAUGCGUUAGGAGAACUUAAAACGAAAAUCUUGAAACUUGUACAGAUGUCAAAUAUGAAGUCUCAGGAGGCCGAUCUGUUAAAUUCAGCGGCACAAUGUACCAAGCGCUUUCAUCGUGCAAUUCGUAAAACCUUAGUUGAAUUAUCGCAGAUUAAUGAUAGAGUAGUACGAGAUUAUGUGCAUUGGAAAAAAAAGAAUGGUAAAAUACCUACGUUAGAAUCACAGGAAAAGGGCAAUGAAGAAAAAACAAAAGAUAAGAGCAGAUAUAAACCUCAAUCAAGUGAUCAUGAUCUAACACUAGAAAUGACCUGUGUAAGAGAGUCUGCAUCUGAAUCUGAGAGCGAUGACGAUGACAGUGUUAACGCUGCAGAUUAUUCUAUGGAAGCUGUAAAUGUGCCCUCGGAAUUCUCACAGAUUUUAGAUCAUCUGACAAUUUUUAAACGUAAGCCCACUGCAUUGAAAGCUGUCGGAGAUUCAUCAGUUGUUACAGAAGAUAAAGCCUGUCAAGCUUAUGACGUGCCUUGGAGAGACUAUGAAAAGUGUAUCGGUUAUUCGUUAUUGACGAGGUCCGAAUACGAUCCGAAGUCGCAAAAAGAAACGUUGCGACCAGUCGUGGUUCCAGAUGAGAACUUUGGAAAGUACCAAGAGCAGUACUUAUUUUAUCUGCAGCACAUUGAGGAUUUUGGAAUCGAGACCGAUGAAUUAAAGGGAUUACCUGAUCCAAAUCAUAUACCACUGAAAGACUUAAUAGAUGGCACGUCACCCUUUAUCAUGGAUAUGUUGGAGCGUCUGAGUCCAGUAACUCUUUCGAAUGGUUGCUCGUCUCCACCUUCACAGCAUGAGAACGCAGCUGAAAAUCCCGAUGCUACAUCUGAAACCACCAAUAAUUUCCAUUCGUCUCCGCUUGCAGUGGCAAUGGAUAUUUCUUCGUCGCCUCCGAGCAAUAGCAAUAAUGAAAACGAAAAUGAAAAUUCAGAGACAUUGCCUACGACAGCGAUAAUAACAUCGACAGAAGCGAUAGCUACAGAUGACCAGGAGACCGAAAAAUCUUCGGAUGAUAAUGUUGCUACGUCUAAAGCCGUAGAAGAAUUAGUUAAGAUGGUGACAAAACUUUCGGAGGAUCUACGAAAUGAAAAUAACGCGAACGCUAAUGCAGCUAUUGCAGAAAUCGAAGAUAUAUGCACCGUUACAAGUAAUAACGAUGAGUGCACAAGUAUGGAUUAGAAAAAUUCUAAUUUUGUAUUCCUUCGGUAUUUUUCCGUUUAUUGUGAAUAACUGUUUUGCUAUAAAGAUGAAAACAAAUGAUUAUUGAUGAAAUUUGAGUGAGUGAUUGCUUUCUUAUUCUUAUAAAUGUAUGCAUUUGAUUAGAAUUAGAUUUAUCAAGAAGCGCGAGAAGAUAUUUAUUUGAACACAUUCUAAAUUGACAGGUAAAAUAAUGAUAUCAGUGUUAAGCCAAUGUAUAUUAUUGAGUUUAAAAAGUAAGCAAUCAAUCAAAUUUUAGAGAAAUACACUUUUGUAUUAAUAAUCACGUUUUGCUAACUUUAUCUGAACUAUUAGUUUUACUUUUUUGUAUGAUAUAAAACUACGCGAUAUGAGUCGUCGAGAAUGUAUAUAUAAGAUUGAUGUGAGAUUCAUUUUUCCUCUUUGUUAAUAAUGAUUAGGAGAAAAGAAACUACUUACCAAAAUAAGCAAUCAAUACGUUCGUUUUUGAUAUUUCUUAGCGAUUUAUCGAUUUUCCAUUCGCUUAAAAAGCAAUGCAAUGUCUAAUCAAGAAAUGAAUAAAUUUUGUGAGACUCAAGAAUUAGUGCACAUUUUGGAAUAAGCUUUUUUUCUAAGCUUAUAAAAGUGAAGAAUUUUGUAAGAACAUAAAAAGUACUUUAUUAAAUACAGAAAAAAUAUUUGAAAAGUUUGCUCUGCUCUGAGAAAAUAGUUUUUCAAAAUUAUAUAUAUAUAUAUAUAUAUAUAUAUAAAUAUAUAUAUAUCAUUGGUGAAAUGUAUGUCUAUAAAGUAGCAGUGUACAAAAUAUUUGCGUAUGCUUGAAUAACAGAAUAUUUUUUUACAGUCUGAGCCUGAAUAUUUUGCACUUUUAUAAUGUGUCGGUUUUCUUUUGUCGACCAUUCGAAUGUAUUGACAUUUGUGUAAAUAGUAGUGAUCGAUGUGUUUACUAACACAUUUUAUAUAGAUCUCUUGAAUUAUGAAAAAUUAAGAUAUAUUAGUACAUACAUACAUGUAAUUAUAUCACAAAUUUAUUACCUUAAAUAGCAUUAUUAUGUAUGUAAUUAGAAAUUUAAUGCGCGCAUAUGAUAUUUAACAGUGUAUAAGUAAUACAACUUCAUCACUUUAUUAGGAAAAUUCAAGCGCAUUGUAGUGAUUUUUCUAGAGAUAUUAAAAAUAUUAAAAACAAAAUACAUUUGUUCAACUUAAUGAAGUCUUAUUUUUUAUAAUAGCAUAAUUAAUCAAACAAGAGAAAAAGGCUUCAUUUUCGUAAGAAACUUUAUAGUUUAUCAUUUUAUUUAAUCGUACAUUUACACUAUAAUAUAUUAAUCGACCGUCUAAAAAUCACUGGGCUUUAUAGCGUAUCAAUGUGUGAAAGUGGUGUCGAAUCAUUCUAUUCGCAUAGUAUAAAAAAAUAAAUUUUUAGGCGAUAAAUGCAAAAAAGCUUCAAUCCAGUUGAUAGAGUCACCGUCUUCAUUUCAAUAUCGGAAUUGUCCUUUUCGUCCCAUACCAUUGUGGUAAACUCUCAGAGGCGUGUAGUUACCGUUGCCAUUCAUCGCUGCAACGUACAAAAAAAAGCGAUCAAAUUUCUUCAACGAGACACAAAUAUUGUACGGACCGUAACUAAAUGAAAAUUCGUAAAUAUUGUGAAUAAUUUAAGUUACAGUGCCAGCUAUUUGAAGAUUUAGUGAAAUCUUAAAAAAUUAUCGAUGUAUAUAUAGAUAAAAAGUCAGUUCAAAUUAUUUUCAUCGUAAAAUUGACCAACACUUUUAAACGUUAGAGUAAUAUUUAAGCUCGAUUUUUUAUAUUGAAAAUAGUAAUAUAACAAGUCAUACGAAUUAUUAUUUUAGUAUAAACUGCCUAUCAAUCUCUGUAAAUAUUCCAAAAUACAUGUUUGGUUACGAAAAUAAAGUGCUCUAAGAAAUUAUGCAUAAA